GGCAACAAUUCCACUCCAAUUGUUCAUACACUUGGAAAUUUGAAUCCUAUCAUACCCAACAACUCAAAGUUUGAUUACCCAAAUGGCCUCUUCGGAAGAAACCCGAAUCCAAAUCCAUGCCAACAACAUGCAGCAAGAUCACGAGGAACAAUCUUCCUCGUACGCUAUGCAGCUUGUCAACUCAGUCACGCUGCCCAUGACUCUGCAUGCUGCACUUCAGCUGGACAUUUUCCAGAUCAUAGCCAAAGCCGGACCUGAUGCCAAGCUCUCCCCACAGGAGAUAGCAACCCAGUUGGGCGCCCGAAACCCUGAUGCGGCCAUGAUGCUGGACCGCAUCCUUAGGCUCCUAGCCACCUACAAUGUGCUCACUUGCUCUGUUGCUGUUAAUGAUCAUCAAGAUGAUCCUCAGAGACUGUACGGUUUAGCAUGUGUGUCCAAGUACUUUAUCCGAAAUGAAGAUGGUGUUUCAUUAGGACCCCUCAUGGCUUUGCUUCAAGACAAGGUCUUCUUGAAUAGUUGGUCUCAAUUGAAGGAUGCAAUUGUUGAAGGAGGAGUUCCUUUUCACAGGGUCCAUGGAACUCAUGCCUUCGAAUACCCUGCCAAAGACUCCAGAUUCAAUCAAGUUUUUAAUAAAGCAAUGAUCAAUCAUACCACCAUUGUUAUCAAGGAAAUCCUUGAGUCCUACAAUGGAUUUGAACACCUCACCCGUUUGGUCGAUGUUGGUGGUGGUUUAGGAGUCACCCUCAGCUUCAUCACUUCCAAAUACCUUUCCAUAAAUGGAAUUAAUUUCGACUUGCCUCAUGUUGUUCAACACGCUCCUCCUUACGCAGGGGUUGAACAUGUGGGAGGAGAUAUGUUCCAUAGUGUUCCUAAGGGAGAUGCCAUUUUUAUGAAGUGGAUACUACAUGACUGGAGUGAUGAUCAUUGUGUUAAACUGUUGAAGAAUUGUUAUGAUGCUAUACCUGACAAUGGAAAAGUAAUCGUUGUGGACGCAAUCGCUCCAGUUUUGCCCGAACAAAAUGUUGCUUCAAGGGCCAUUGCUGAGAUGGACAUGUUAAUGAUGACACAAAGCCCUGGAGGGAAGGAAAGGACUCAACAAGAAUUCAUCAAGUUGGCAACUAGAGCUGGAUUCAGUGGCAUCAAAUAUAAAUGUUUUGUAUUUAACUCCUGGGUCAUGGAGUUUUUUAAGUAACACCUAAUACUCACUAAUGCUAUGUUUGGGAAUGUGAGUUUAAUUGAAAUGCAUGUGAAUUUGGGACUUCAAAUUUAAAUAUACUAUUUGUUUACAGUAAAUAAGAGUGUAUUUGAAUUUACUUCAAAUACAUGUAUUUGGAACUACUUAUUUGAAAAUAAAAUUUGCAUUAUUUU